CGGAUACAGUAGAAAGACCGGUGGACCAAGGAAAGCCCCGAUACUUGAGCGGCCUACCAAAAAUCCUUGACAUGAACAGUUUCCAUUCGGCAGCAGGUGUGAAAAUGAAAUAGAGAGACGGAAAAAAGGACGUCCCCAAUAUCCUGCGAUGCAGUUGGCCCUGCAUCAGUUUUCUCCGCAUGUCCCCCGGUCGGACCUCUAAUCAAUCAACGCUGUCAACACUCGGCAGUACUACAGGUGCACGUCAGCGGGUUAUUAAUGUCACCUUUCUGCUGUGGUAUUAAAGCGUUUCAGGGAAGUAAUGAGUGGAUUUGACUCCUCAGAUGAUGAAGAAAAUGAAGAAUUGGACUUGUCACCCUUCAUUGUUAACUGGUUAGACAUGUCGUGUGUUGGCUGUGCAGAGCAGCUGGGUAUAAGUGGUUUGCCAGGAUGUAGAUUCAAAGACACCUGGAGGAGCCUAGAGACUGAUAUAGUUACUCUGAAAGGCAUGGAGAUCACAGAAGUAUUUGUGCUGUGUACAAAAGGAGAACUGAACAAAUACAGGGUGCCCUAUUUGCUCCAUGAGUACACUGGUGCAGAUUUCAAUGUUCACCACCAUCCGUUCCCUGAUGGGCAGGCACCAUCAGUUGCCGGAAUGGUGAAAAUGCUGGAGGAAUUGAAAGUUAAUUUAAUGCAGGGAAGAAAGACACUUCUACAUUGUUUUGGUGGACUUGGCAGAUCCUGCGUAGUAGCAGCUUGUUUGUUAAUGUACAUGGAUGAAAGUUUAGACUCGGAAUCAGCAAUUCAGAGGUUGAGGCAGUUAAGAGGCCCAGGGGCAGUGCAGUCAGUGAAGCAAUACAAUUUUAUCCAUGAUUUUAGAAAAAAUUUGGAAGAGUACGAACAAGGAAAAGAAGAGGCAUCAAGAUCUGUAUCCCGAUGAGCAGCAGUGAUGUGUAGGCAAAAAUGUCACGUAAUUUGAAGUUUAAUGCUCACUGAAUUUACAUGCACAUUCUGUUCUACAAGGAAGAGACUGAUGGAUGGAAUAUUUGAUAGAAUUACACAUCCCGUUGACUUGGAUACAUGAUCAGAUGACAGUUACUUAACAUUUUUUUUGUUAAAAAGGUUGAUGCAUUUCUGUACUAGUGCAAUUGCUUUGAUCUCUGCUUCACAUGAUGAUGAAAUGAUUUUCACUUUUCUUUCAUGAAAAAAUACUCUUUGUGAUUGAUAAUUAGAAAAUAAGGAGUUAUAAAAAGAUUUUAAAAAAGUACAACUGGAAAAAGUCAUGAUUGUAAUUUGCAUGUUUUUUUGCUGGUACUUUUUUGUAAGUGCUUGCUUCUGAGAAUAUUUUCUUUAGAUGAGGAAGGUGAUUUUGUAAAUAAGCUGCUAUUUGUAUGUGUUAGACAUGGCAGGAUAAAUAUAUUUAUUUUUAGUUUCUAGUAAAAUAAUAUUUUGUAUUUAUUUAUAAGCAUCAUUGACCAAAACACUACUACAAUACAUAUUCUCUGACUAAAACAUUACAAGGUUUCAUGAGGUUUUAAAUAGGGAAUAAUAAUAAAAAAGAAAUUCAGAA